GCGGCGGCGGCGGCACUCCGGCGAAAGCGAGCGGCUGCUGCUGCUCCUCCUCUCCUCCAAUGUGCCGCUUGGGAGGGAGCUCCCUGCCAGCAGUCUCCCGAGCGCAUGGAGGGAACGGCCGCCCGGGGGUUCUCCGUUCUUUUCUUCCACCUUCCUCUUAUCUUGGGGAGCUCCGUCUACAUCGGAACAGGCAGCAAUUAUUCCAGUUUCUAUGACAAUAAUCUUCUCCCUUGUAAAAAAGAGGAACUUCAGUGUGGCAAUGGCCUCUGUGUGUUGAAUUGGCUGCGUUGCCACUACAAGAAGGACUGCGGAAAAGACUAUGUCUCUAUCAAGAUAACAUGUUCGAAAGUCCACCAGAAGCAAGCCAGCCCUGUGAGCGAGUUUUCCCACUACACCGAAAUCAGCAGCGAUACCAGUAUGCUGGGAUCUGCUGUGCUGGUGGCCGGAGUGGUGAUCGGAAUCGUGCUGUUCCUCUCCUGCGUGACCAUCAUCAUUGGCAGCCUGCGAAAGUACAGAUGCUUCCGACAUCUCCAACUGAGGAGGGAUACCAGCUACACUCUAGAUGGCUUCUACUAUGGCGGCUCAAUUGGGGAGCUAAGAACCAGUUGCACUGAGGAGUUCCCACCUGCGUUUGAUUUCAGCUCUCACAGGGAUUCCCUCUCUCAGGUUGAUGUCCUGCAUCCUGACUCCCCACCACGCUAUGACGAGUGCGUGGGACCUGGCGCAGCACAAAUCUACAUUCCUACCGAUGACCCUCCUCCUUACUCCUUGACAGACCCUUAUCAGCAAAAUGACUUUGCUAUAGAUAUUCCCUGGGAUGGAGAGGUGUCUUCUGGGACUACAGAAAGGGCUGCUGGGUACUUGGUCGGACUUCAUGACCUCCCGCAACCGAUCUCUUCCAUUGUCUUGUCGUCGUCUUUCCCGAUGGAUGCUGUCCCUCCAUAUGAGACGGUUGUGUCCGAACAGAACAUUCCCCUUCCACUAGUCCCCCUUGAUCUCGAUGGACUGAAAAAUUACACAGAUGACUGUCAAACCCUUUUCAACCGAAUAAUAUGCAGAGAAAUGGAGAUUCCCCACCGAUGCUCCUGAAGGGAGUCCCUCAAUCUAAGAAGCAGUGAGCACUUGGGGUGCUAAUAACCUACCCCAUGGACUGAACAAAACUUUUGUCUCUUUUCUACUUUUCACAGGGCUGAAACGGGUUGGUUUGGGGUGUUAGGUUUUUUUUAAUUUUUUUGCCUUUUAUAGACCAAUUUGAAAUUUUAUUUACACAUGAACCUUUGUGUCUUGAAUUGUUCCCCUUAAUGACUGCGUUCACACAAUCACCGUGAUCCUGGUUAAAGAGUUUACCAGGAUCGCUGAGCCCUGUCGAGCUGAUUGUGAGAACCAAGAAUUUAAUUUCCAGGCAAUCCUUGUUAAACAUGUGUGGUUAAACCUCCUUUAACCAGGAAAGAUUGCCAUGAUCUGAUUCUGAUUGGCCUUGUUCACAUAAUCAUUUGAAUCUAGAUUUAAUGUGGUUACCAACAUUAGUGUGUUUCUGUGAGCAUUAAUGUGAUUCUGUCAAGGUGGGAAUCUCGGGCUAUAAGCCCCUCUGGCAAGGAUUCACACAAUCACUUCAGUGUUGGUAGUCCACGUUAAACCUGGAUUCACACAACUGUGCAGACAAGCCUAUUAUCUAUCCUGGUUAAAUGUGGUUUAGCCACAGCUGUAUACCAGGAUUGCCUGGAAAUUCUGGGUUCUCAAAAUCAGCUCUGCAGGGCUCAGCGAUCCUAGUUAACUCUUUAAGCAAAUCAUUGUGAUUGUAUCAAUGCAGCUAAUAUAAAACAAUGAUAGCGAGGGGUAGCUAGACCUCUCCGUAGCAUUUAAAAGCACAGCCAAGUAAACCACCGUUAGGGUAGAUCUGUGUUGUAUGGUCAAGACUAGUUGUCAGUUUCGGUAUGGUCCUUUGCAUGUCUUAGAGAAAAGGAGAACGCUAAAGGCUCACAUCCAUCUUUUGUAAGGACUGUUUGUACGUGUUGCCCAAUGACUGAAUAUCAAGAGGGGAUUGUUUGCUACCUUUGGAAAAAUGUCUUCAUCUUUAGAUUCAGAGCUCAGCUCAAGACAAUUAGAAACAUUUGUUUGGGUCAA